GCCGCUCUUUUUCCGGGCCGCGCGGCUCCACAACAUGCGUCAUGUGUGCGCAUGCUCCGUGAAGAGAACGGACGGUGUUACUCAGGCAGGAGCAGGGCAAAGUCGAGCUUGGCAUGCGAGAGAGGACCGGGAGGUAGCGGCGCAGCGCCCCCUUUCCCUGCGUCCCUUCCUGGCGCCAGCUCGCCAGCCGAGCCUCGUGCGCCAUGGUGUUGGACAGCUUGGCCCGCAUCAUUAAAGUACAGCUGCCUGCCUACCUUAAGCGUCUGCCGCUGCCGGAGAGUAUCGGCGGCUUCUUCAGGCUGACAGUUGCAGAAUGGCUGCGGUUACUGCCUUUCCUGGGUGUCCUUGCUCUGCUUGGAUAUCUUGCUAUUCGUCCAUUCCUCCCCAAGAAGAAGCAGCAGAAGGAUAGUUUGAUUAAUCUCAAGAUCCAGAAGGAAAAUCCCAAAGUAGUGAAUGAAAUCAAUAUUGAGGACCUGUGUCACACUAAGGCAGUCUAUUGCAGAUGCUGGCGCUCAAAAACGUUCCCAGUCUGUGAUGGCUCUCACAACAAACACAAUGAAUCAACAGGAGAUAAUGUGGGUCCACUAAUACUCAAGAAGAAAGAAGUCUAGCAAACCCCUAACUUAAACCGUGACUGAAGGGAAAUCUACUUAUAUCCUAGUGUGGUAGUGUUUUCAGUCUAAAAUUGCUGUAGACUUGACAUUGGGUAUCUUUCUAUGUUACUCUAGAUUUAUAGCCUGUGAUCGACAUGUGGUGACAUUUUGUAUGGUCUGAAAAAUCAUGUCUAAUAUAACAGCACAAAAGUGUAAAUAAGCGUAUUACUGUCACAACCACUUCCAGUAAUUUUUGUUCAACCUGUAAUAAAAGGUUAGACCAAUCUUGAA